AUGCAAAGAGGAAUUCGAUUUGAAGUGAAGGAUGGGAAAUCAGUCAAAGUGUGGGAAGAUCCAUGGGUUCCUACAUUACCAAACUUCAGACUGAAAACUCCUUUGGGUGGCUGCAGAAACUUAAUGAAAGUCAGUGAGCUCAUGGAUAUCACAGGUAGAGGAUGGAAUCAUGUUGUGCUACAAAGUUUGUUCAAUCCUCAAGAGGUGGAGGAAAUUCGAAAAAUCAAAAACCUAGAUCCUUUAUCAAGAGACAGAGUCUGCUGGAAUUGGGAUGCCAAAGGGGAAUUUUCAGUUGCCUCUACAAAAGAAAAGAGUGCUCCAAUAAAUGAUGACAAAGAUAUUGCGCUGAAAUUCGGUAUGCUUUAUGCAUAA